CUCGCUGCGGCCGCGCGGCGCUGCCGGACCCGCCCGAGGAGCGGCCGCUGCCCGCGCCCGCCGCGGAGCUGCAGCAGCGCGGCCGCAGCGCUCCGGGGACAGCCGGGACAGCGGGGACAGCCGGGACACCGCGGCCUCCCCCGGCUCCGGCACGCCGCUCCCUCCUUCCGCCGGGCGGCCCCGGGAUGGCGGCGUGAGGCGGCGAAGGAUCUGCCUGUCCUGGGCAUGAAGGAGAAUGUUCCCUGCUCAGUAAGGAGCUGAUAGCAGGAGGUGCUGUUUCUCUUGGAUCAAUAGAGUGUAAAGAGAACUCGGUCUCAGUGCCAGCUGUACAGAGAGUCUCUAGUGAAGAGCACGGAUCUUACUGCUGGGAAGUCCCUUGAGGGAGACAGAGCUGUAGCAGCCUCCAACAAGCAGCCUGCCCUCCGGAGGAGUUGCUGGAGCCUGUUCUGGAGCACAUCUGACUGCUACUGCCAACGAGGCCCCAGCCAGCCACGAUGUACUGCCUUCAGUGGUUGCUACCUGUCCUGCUCAUACCCAAGCCCCUCAACCCAGCAUUGUGGUUCAGUCACUCAAUGUUCAUGGGAUUCUACCUGCUCAGUUUUCUCCUGGAACGGAAACCUUGCACAAUUUGUGCCUUGGUCUUCCUGGCAGCUCUAUUCCUCAUCUGCUACAGCUGCUGGGGGAACUGCUUCUUGUAUCACUGCACAGGAUCCCAGCUGCCAGAAUCAGCUCAUGAUCCCAACAUAGUGGGCACCUAGAAAAUCAUAAUCUUCCAGUCUGCUGAGGGCUUUGCUUUUUAAAAAAGGGGUGGGGCUGGGGAGGAGGGGGGUGUUGGGCGUGGGACUGGCGUAAGGACAACCUAUUUCUUGUAACUGUGCGUGGACUGGAGUGGCAAAUUCUUCCCACUCUGCCUGUGAAAUUCAACUUGUUUACUGUGUGAACUCUGGCAGCACCACCUGCUUUUUUAGAAGCAGAAAUCUUUUUUUUUUUUUUUCUUUCCCGUAUCACCGGGAACAGACACCAGCCCUCUCAACUGAGAACUGCUGGAAGCCUGAGCUGCUGGCCCCUGCCCAGCUGGAAGUGCUGGAGUUGUGUGUCACUUGUCUGCAUUAGGCCAUGGUGGUCUAACUCAGGGCUCUUGGCCCACUGAUCCUGCUUGAACAGCUACAAGAUUCUCUCAGUCUCUCUUUGUGGGGAGCCAGCCUUCCCACCUUGCUGUCAAGGGCGAGUGCAACAGCUCACAAAUGGACUUGGCCAAAAGCUGCUGGAGCCAGAGGCAGUUGAGUCAUCUCCUCCUGCUCAGCCUGCCAAAGAGAUGUGUGCACUGCCCAAGUGCUUUCUGAACUCUUUGCUCCAAGAUCCCAGCCUGAAAGCCUCAGUUAUGCUGCUGCUUUUAUAAAGCCUGACAGGCAGUAGAGACUCUCUUCCCCUCCUCCUACACGUCCCAGGUUUACCAAGGUAUUGACUGUUGAGAGAAGGAACCAGCAUGCUGCAAGACACAAGAUUUUGGAAGUCACUGUGAACUUUACCCUACAAAACUCAUGCUAGCCUGAAAGGCUGGGUGUGGGCAGGGCAGGAGAGGAUCCAUGAAGUGGAGGCAUGGCUUGAAGCAGUAAGUGCUUCAGCCAUUUUCAGAGAUAAUGGUUUUGGGCCAGAGGUGACAGAAGUGCUGGUGCUACUGACUAGAGAAGGGCAGAGGCUGAUGUGUGGUGUCUCCAGCUUCCUGGCAGAAGGAUGUCAAGAGUCCAAGGUGCUGGUGGGUCAGGCCUACAGCCCUGGGGCAGAGGUUGGUUUGUGAGAAACCUUAAGAGGUUGACACAAAACACUUACCUCUAAUCUUUGAAGGUUUCCUUCCCCUUUGCCAUCUGUUUGUCUUUCCUUCAGUCUUCUGGUGGAGAGCAGCAGAAGUGGCUGUUGCUGUCCUGAGGCAGUUCAAGCUAUGAGGUUGUGAAACUUCCAGAGUAUUGUUUGUUCAUUGCACAGCUGUUCAAAAUGUUUAAUAAAGCUUUAUAAACUU